AUGACCGUGGCGCCACGACUGCGGAAGCCACGCGUGCUGGUAGUGGGCGGCGGCCCAGUGGGUCUGGCCACCGCCUACAUGCUGGAAAAGCUCUACGACGUUCCCACUCGUGUCAUCGAGCGACAGCGUCGGGCCACGGGUCACCCCCAAGCGCAUUUCCUGAACCUUCGCACGAUGGAGGUGCUCUACGCUACGAUGCCGGCGUUUCACGACCGCUUACUGGAUCAAGCAGCGCCAAGCGCCUUGUGGCGGGACUAUGUUUACUGCACAGGGAUGGGCCAAGAUCGAGAGAUUGCGCGCAUUGACCAGUUUGGACCCGGCAUUCCACGUGAUACCGUCCAGGAGGCAGUGGCUGCAGGUGAUAGUCUGCGCACGUCGCUGAAGGCACUGUCACCGACGCAGUUCCUGCAUUUCCCUCAAAACCGAUUCGAGAAGCUGUUGGACACCUUUUUGGCUGAAAAUGACGUGCAGAUUGAGCGUGGCGUUGAGCUAGAGAAGCUUGUCUUACCGUUUGAUGGUUCUGUCAUGCAGCAAGCUCAAGUGACUGUGACUCUCCGUCGUCUAGAUACGGACACACUCGAAGAAGAGUCGUACGACUAUGUCAUUGGAGCAGAUGGUGCCCAUAGCCUUGUGCGCCAGCUCUGUGGAAUCGACAUGGUGGGAUCGUGCAACCUGCAAAGUAUUGCCAAUGUGCACUUCACAAGCAAGGUGCUGUCGAAAGCUGCACGCGAGAAUCCGGCCAUGCUGUACUUUGUGUUCAACAAAGAUGUCGUUGGAAUUCUGAUCGCUCAUGACCUCAACCGAGGCGAGUGGGUCUUCCAGAUACCGUUUUUUCCACCUCAAGAAUCCAUUCCCUGGGACUUCUCCAUUGCCCAAUGCAAAGAAAUCAUCCGUUGUGUAUUGCCCAAAAACGUCAAGGUCAGCGAUAACGACAUCAACAUUCUAUCAGCUGGACAAUGGCGGAUGGGAGCUCGCGUAGCAAAGCAGUAUGAUGCUGGCAAACAGCGGGUUUUCCUCGUAGGUGAUGCAGCGCACCAGUUUCCACCGGCAGGGGGAUUCGGCAUGAACACCGGAUUGCAGGACGCGCACAAUUUGGUGUGGAAGCUAGCCCUCGCGAUUCAGAUGAACUCGGAGCAUUCUUCGGCUGGUCGUGUUGAUUCUCAAGCGCUGUUGCAAUCGUACGGCCGCGAGCGCCUGCAGAUUGCCAAAAUAAACACGCAAGUCAGUCUGAGAAAUGUGGCUCGGAUCAUGAAAAUCCCACAAGCACUACACGUAUCCCACGACCACGCCCAGAUGCUGGCAAAGUUCAUCAACUCUGCGCCGAUGCAACUUUUACCGCUGCGCGCUCAACGUGAAAUUGCGCAGCGGAUUAUGCGUGUUGGUAAGAUGCCACUUGGGCUUUUGGAUGAAGCUGAGGAUGUGGACGGACCGGGAAGUAUGCUCGGCAGUCGCAUGCGCGCCAGCGUGCAAGAUAUCGUGACGCAUCGUAAGUCAAUCGGAAUGUUGUUCUACCACUUCGAUAUCGGAUUUUCCUACGACGCUUGUUCGUGGGCGGCGCGUGCCAAGAGGCUUAUGGAAGAUACAGCGCUUGAUCAGUCCGCGGAAUUUCGUACCGAAAAUGGCGUCAAUGAUGAUACCACCUACAGUCCAACCGUUUGCGUGGGGGAGAGAUUCCCCCACUUUUGGUGCACUUGCAAUGGCGCCAAGGUUUCCACUCACGACAUGACGCGGCUAGCUAUGCAAGAGUCGAAAUCGGAUGAGGGCACUAAGAACGUGCAGUUUGUCCUUGUCGUUGGCGGACGUCAUGCUGCACAAGUCACCCAUUUAUGCUCGACUCCGACUGCACCGGAGGUGGCUAAACACGUAUCUCUUGUUAUUCUGCGGUCUUGUGCUGACGGCAACAGCGCACAAGUUGAUACUGCAAUUGCCAAGGCUCAGACAUCAUUGGCGUUCAACUCUGUGCUUUCGUUGCAAGUUGACCAAGAAACAAGCAACGAGACAUGGAAGAGAUUUGUAAACAAUAACGUUGCUGCUCUCGUUCGUCCAGACGGCCACGUCGGUGUUCUGUGGAAAGCUGGAGCAUCCGACCUCAUCACUCGUACAAUGCUCGUGCAGUCGACGCAGCAGGCUGUUGAGCUCAGCUGA